AUGACCACAUUUUCCGCUCCGGUCGCCGCACCCCGUUUGAUGCCCAACACCCAGACUGCGUUGGCCGCAUCCUUCACCAAGUUCCUCACCGUCUCGAUACAUCAGAUCCUCUAUCUGCGGUCGGUCUAUCCGCGAGCCACCUUCCUUCCCGUCCGAGCCUACAACUAUCCCGUCCGUCAGUCUCGCCAUCCGAAAGUAUGCGACUACAUCAACGAUGCCUCCAUGGCCGUUGAGACCGAAAUCUUGAAAGGCACCAUCACCGCCGUCAGCAUCAUCAUCUCCUCCAUGCGCACAAACCAGCCGCUCGAACGAUACGCCUUUGACCUGUCGGGUUUCCCCCACAUCCCUCCCCGCGAGGUCAACACCACAUUCGAAGAACGGGACGAUGCCUCCCGACAAGUCGACCUCGAAGCCCAGUUCCGCGCCUGUCUCGCGAGAUUGGCCUCCGCCUGCGCCCGACUGACUCCCCUGCCGCGGGACGACGAGUUCAGUUUCACCGUCUGCAUCGAAGUGCGCGAGGACGCCCUCCCCCCCGCGGGGACCACCACCGAGGAACAAACGUGGAUCGUUGCCGAACCCGACAAGGUGCACCUCCGAUCGUGUACCGCUCCAUACUCUGUUUCCAAACUGCGCAACGGCGAGCCGCAACCGCCAGCUCCCCGCGUCUCCAAUGGUCGCGCCAAAACGGUGCCAGUACGACGCGUAGAAGCCGGCGAGCUGCGUCUGGAACUAUGGGUGGAAGAGGCACGACAGAAAUUUAACGAACCGGUGGACUCGGAAUAUCCGCCAUGA